UGUUCAUUGCCAAAGGAAAUCUUUUGUUCGCCACAAUUCAUUAUGCCGCGCUGAAAACAUAUCCAUAAACAGGGACUUCCAAGUCUUCCUAAAUGGUUUACCAGCAUUUGGUCGCUCUGCCGUAAUGGUUCGUAUCAGCUUACGGCCAAGACUCCAGGGUUUGCGUGACUGAAGAGAGUUUCAAACUUGUUGCACAUUUCUUAUCCCACCCUGUUCGCUUCAAAGUCGGACCUUCUUCAAGAUCAGCCAUUGCGUACGUCAAAGCGGACAGGCUUCGGGUGACUUCUGUAUCGAUCAUUCUUUCUGACAAUCACAGGGUUAUCAAUGGCCGAGUGCCUUAAGUUAUAAUUUGAAAGAGCAAUGGAUUAACACUUGGACAUACGCUGAUGCUUUUGAAGGACCGUUGUUUAGAAAGCGUCUGGAUAUCUACUAAAACAAUAUUCUGAUCGUUAGACAUUGUGCGCCGAUUCCAUAAUGGGAAGACAAAGCGUGUUGGUGCAAAUGCAACUCUGUUAAAGUCAAGUUUAUAACUAUCCGAUACUUUGAAUCACUAUAUUUGUAAAUAAAUCUGGGUCGCCCGGCAUCGUGAUCCUGUCCCAACAUCUGGAGAUGUGGGCUCCCCGUCCCAGAAGCGCCUGUCCCGAGACCUUGAAGCAAACCUUGAGGGCGCUGGUGCUGCUUCUCUGUCUCUUAGUGGUCUCCAGCUCAGAAGAUCAGGAGGGAAUCAAUGCCGAGUCAUGGUUACGUCAGUUCGGCUACCUGUCCCAGGCCAGCAGGCAGAUGUCCACCUUGCACUCCUCCCAGGUUCUGGCCAAGGCCAUCGCAGACAUGCAGCGCUUCUACGGCCUGCAGGUGACCGGGAUUAUGGACCCCGCUACUGUCAGGGCCAUGCGACAGCCCCGGUGUGGUCUACCAGACAGGACACCAGAUGAGGUCCAUCAGGGCUCCAGAAGGAGACGAUACACUCUGACGGGACAGCAAUGGGACAAAGACGACCUCACCUACAGCCUGCUGAAGCAGAACAUCCCGGCCUCCCUGGGGGCGGGGCGUACGGCCUCCGCCCUCCGCAGGGCCUUCGACGUGUGGAGCCAGGCCACGCCCCUCACCUUCCAGGAGGUACCCGCCGACGACAACAACAUCCACAACAACAACAACAACAACGGCGUCGUCAGCGGCAACGGCAGCGCCUCGGCUCCCCUGGCCGACAUCCUGCUGCUCUUCGCCUCCGGUUUCCACGGCGACAUGUCCCUGUUUGACGGGGAGGGGGGGUCCCUGGCGCACGCCUACUACCCCGGCCCGGGGAUGGGCGGCGACACUCACUUUGACGCCGAAGAGCCCUGGACCCUGGACCACGAGGACCCCACAGGUAUAGACCUCUUCCUGGUGGCGGUCCACGAGCUGGGCCACGCCCUGGGGCUGGAGCACUCGGACCACCCGGACGCCGUCAUGGCUCCGUUCUACACCUGGACCCCAACGCACAACUUCACCUUGUCCCCGGACGACCGCAGCGCCAUACAGUACAUCUACGGCCCGCCCCGUGCCACCAACGCCCCGCCCACCUCCGCCCCGGCCCCGCCCCCGGACGGCGAGCCCGACCGCCCCGCCUCCGUUCCGUCCCCGCCGGAAGCGGAGCCCACCGUACCGCCUCCCCCGGACCCCCCGCCCCCACCCCCGCGGGCCCCCACCCGCCGGCCCCCCACCGAGCCCACCACCCGCGGCCCUGACCUCCGACCCCCAGCGCCUCCCAGGCCCACCGUCCCGGAGGUCCAGCCGCAGCCCGUCACCCCGGCGAUGACACCGGAAGACCCCCGCCUCCCCCCACAGCCUCCUCCCGAGCGCCCCCGCCCCCCGAAGCGGCCCGACCACCUGGCCCCGGACAUCUGCGAGGGGGACUUUGACUCGGUGACCGUCCUGAGGGGGGAGAUGUUUGUCUUCAAGGGUCGCUGGUUCUGGCGCGUCCGUAGGAACCGGGUCCUGGACAACUAUCCCAUGCCCAUCUCCGUCUUCUGGAACGGGUUACCCGAUGACAUCGACGCUGCGUACGAACGCCACGAUGGGAAAUUUGUCUUCUUCAAAGGAGAGCAGUACUGGGUGUUCCGGGAGGCUGACGUGUUGCCCGGAUACCCCCAACCCCUCCGGUCGUACGGUCGGGGCCUUCCCGAGGACCGCAUCGACACGGUGAUCUGGUGGGAGCCCAACGAACACACCUACUUCUUCAAGGGAGACAGAUACUGGAGGUACCACGAGGAGACCAGGCAGACGGACAAGGACUUCCCCAAAGCGCUCAGCCGCUGGGGGAAGAUCCCCUCCUCCCCACGGGGGGUCUUCCUCAGCGAUGACGGAGCCCACACCUACUUCUACAAAGGCAGCAGCUACUGGCGCUUCGACAACCGCAGGGGGGCGGCGGACCCCGGCUACCCCCGCUCCGUCCUCCGGGACUUCAUGGGCUGCAGGAACGCCCCGGACCCCCCGCCCGAGACGGAGACGGAGACGGAGCGCACGCAACCGGCCGCGCCCCCGCCCCCGCCGCCGCCCGGGGUCGACCCCCGCAGCCCCACCCACCGCGACCGAGACGCGGCGGACGUCCCGGGCGGGGGCGGGGCGGGCGACGGGGGGCGGGAGGAGGAGGAGGUGGUGGUGGAGCACGAGGUGGUGGUGAUGGUGCCCGAGGACGGGUCGAAGGUCAUGACGCUGGUGAUGGUGGUGGUGCCGCUGGUGCUGGUGGUCUGCAUCCUGGUGCUGGUGUACGCCAUCCUGCGCUCGCUGCAGAAGAAGGAGACGCCCCGCGUGCUGGUGCACUGCAAGCGCUCGCUACAGGACUGGGUCUGAGGCACACAGACGCACACACACACACACACACACACACACACACACACACACACACACACACACACACACACACACACACACACACACACACACACACACACACACACACACACACACUUAUAGACGCGUAUACACACAUAUACACACAUUUGUAGAUGCGCAAACACACACUAUAGAUGCAAACAUAUUGAACAUUUAAUGAUGCGUCCAGACACACACACACAUACUUUUAUACACAAACACACACACACACACUUAUAGAGACGUAUACACACAUAUGUAGAUGCGCAAUCACACACACUUAUAGACGCACACAUAGAGAACAUUUAAUGAUGCGUACUGACACACACACUUAUAGACACAUAUACACACAUACACGUUUAUAGAUGUGCAAACACGCAUACUAUAGAUGCAAACAUAUUGAACAAUUAAUGAUGCGUACAGACACACGCACAUACUUUUGUACACAAACACACACACACACACACUUAUAGAGACGUAUGCACACAUAUAGACACAUUUGUAGAUGCGCAAUCACACACACUUAUAGACACACACAUAGAGAACAUUUAAUGAUGCGUACUGACACACACACACUUAUAGACACAAUACACACAUAUACACAUUUAUAGAUGUGCAAACACGCAUACUAUAGAUGCAAACCUAUUGAACAUUUAAUGAUGCAUACAGACACAAACACACAUACUUUUAUGCACAAACACACACACACACACACACACUUAUCGACACGUAUACACACGCAUACACAUUUGUAGAUGCGCAAACACACACACUUGUAGACGCACACAUAGAGAACAUUUAAUGAUGCGUACUGACACACACACUUAUAGACACGCACGCAUAUACACAUUUGUAGAUGCGCAAACACACACACUUAUAGACGCACACAUCUAGAACAUUUAAUGAUGCGUGCAGACACACACUUUUAUAUACACACACACACACACACACACACACACACACACACACACACACACACACACACACACACACACACACACACACACACACACAUACACACAAACACACACACACUUGGGUUUAGGGCUAACACGCCUGGUAGGCUUCACAGUGAUGGAGCUCUUUCACACCCAUGACAGGUACAGACACACACUCGCCACUCAUGACCCCACCCAUGCCCAUAAUAUGAGCUGAUAGGUAGGAACCAAUGAGAAGUCUCUAUUUGUUGCCUCUGGUGCCUCAACCAACCUUGAGACAUUUGCACUUUUUAUUUUUCUUAUUCUGUUUAUGAUUUCCUUGUUUUAGUGAUGUGUGUGUGUGUGUGUGUGUGUGUGUGUGUGUGUGUGUGUGUGUGUGUGACGGAGGGAGGGAGCUGGAAUGUGUAACAGCUGAGUCCGUUUUCUGGCCUCUAUCUCCCACAGGGCUCACAACCACUGUCCUGUCUCUCACACAAACAUCCACACAGCCACACACACACACACACACACACACACACACACACACACACACACACACACACACACACACACACACACACACACACACACACACACACACACACAUGCCCACACACUCACACUUUGACCAAACAUUUAUGCCUCUAAUUUCUACAUACAACGCUACGUAUACACACUCUGCAAGAUCUGCAAGAACCGGCACACACUGCUAUUGUUGCACGCAGACACGCAGGCACCAACACACCCCCCCCCCCCCCAACCCCCCAACACACCAACACCCCAACAGUCGUACUACACUUGGGACUGUUUUGCCCCCAGAAUGCUACUAGUCACCACUAAGCCGUAGUUCUGGGUGACGGUGGACUGGUUUCUGUUCUACUGGUGGGCUGUUUGACGGCUCCCCAGGUUCGUGUGGGAACACGACUGCCGUUUGUUUUCACUGCGGAGGGCCCAAGAGGCGUCACAAGAAAGAGAGUCGAAAUAUGACGACCAGAAAGGGAAAUAAGGGCGAUAACCCUCCAGCCAAACAACUCUGUUAGAUCUGAUGCGCCGAUGUGUGCAUGGAGACAGAGCUGCAGACAGACAGGGUGCAAGAGACAGAGAGAGACAGAGAGAGCGAGGGAGAGAGAGAGACAGAGAGAGAGAGAGAGACAGAAUGGCGCUGGUCUGGUUUGUAUUAAAAACCACAUGUUGCUGAUUUACUUGCAUCAGGCUGAAGA